AUGAUACUGCCCCCGGCCGGGGAUCGAAUCGGGGAUGGCACGCUGCGCGCGGAGCUAGAGGCGUCGGGGCGCGGCGCCACCGCGGCCGUCGACUACUCGACCGUGUCGCCCGCCGCGCCCUCCUCGCCUCACGCCGCCGUGCUCGUCGUCAAGGCGCUGGUCUUCUCCGUCAUCAUCCUGGGAGCGCUGCUGGGCAAUGCGCUUGUCAUCAUCUCGGUGCAUCGGCAUCGGAAGCUCCGAGUGCUCACAAACUACUACGUGGUCAGCCUGGCCGUGGCCGACAUGUUGGUGGCUCUCUGCGCGAUGACCUUCAACGCGUCCUCAGAACUCUUCGACGCGUGGAUGUUCGGCCCUCUAGUCUGUGAUAUCUUCAAUUCCCUGGACGUGUACUUCUCUAGCGCUUCCAUCCUCCACCUCUGUUGCAUCUCUGUCGACCGGUACUAUGCUAUCGUCAGACCCUUAGAGUACCCCGUCACCAUGACACAUAGAACCGUCUGCUUUAUGCUAGCAAACGUGUGGCUUUGGCCAGCGUUUAUCAGCUUUGUCCCAAUAUUCAUGGGGUGGUACACGACAGAACAGCACAGACAGUUCAGAAAAGCCCAUCCAGACGUUUGUAUUUUCAAAGUGAACAUAGUGUAUGCUAUAGUCUCGUCUAGCGUAUCGUUUUGGAUACCGAGCAUAGUGAUGAUUUCUAUGUACUGCCGGAUAUUUAGAGAAGCGAUCAGGCAGCGGGAAGCUUUAACACGAACGUCUUCAAACAUCCUGCUGAAUUCAGUCCACCUAAGGCACACAUCGCACUCUGCACACCAUUCACACUACCUCCACCCGGACAGAAGACCGUCAGAUAUAAGUCCGAACUACAGCACGUUCACCGAAGUGGGUCCGGAAGAGACUGAGUUCGGGGAAGUGGUGAUGGCUCUCGGAGACAUUUGUCCCAGUAAAGAGGCCAGUCCGAGGAAGUCAGUGAACGUGAGUUGUGACACGGCCAGCUCUGGGUACUGCUCUGGAGGCUCCAACAAGCGGUCGUCGAGUGGACAGCCGCCCCCCGGAUGGCGGCCGUCUUGCUCGUCCAAUGUCGCCACGAGGGAUCUUGCGAAAGCUGCCACGGAAUUGAAUUCUCAAGGUGCGACCCUACGCGCGGCGGGCAAGUCGUGGCGCGCGGAGCACAAGGCGGCGCGCACGCUCGGCAUCAUCGUGGGCGCCUUCCUGCUGUGCUGGCUGCCCUUCUUCCUGUGGUACGUGACAACGAACGUGUGCGGCGAGCCGUGCGAAACCCCCGACGUGGUCGUCGGGGUCCUGUUCUGGAUCGGCUACUUCAACUCGGCGCUCAACCCGCUCAUCUACGCGUACUUCAACCGCGACUUCAGAGACGCGUUCAAGAACACGCUGAUGUGCGCGCUGCCCUGCUGCUUCACUUGCUGGAAGGACGCUAAUAACGCACAACACACAGACACCCUCUCUGCGUCGGUGUUGUUCUGGAUCGGCUACUUCAACUCGGCGCUCAACCCGCUCAUCUACACGUACUUCAACCGCGACUUCAGAGACGCGUUCAAGAACACGCUGAUGUGCGCGCUGCCCUGCUGCUUCACUUGCUGGAAGGACGCUAAUAACGCACAACACAAAGACACAAAGACACAAAGACACAAAGACACAAAGACACAAAGACACACAGACACCCUCUCUGCGUCGGUGUUGUUCUGGAUCGGCUACUUCAACUCGGCGCUCAACCCGCUCAUCUACACGUACUUCAACCGCGACUUCAGAGACGCGUUCAAGAACACGCUGAUGUGCGCGCUGCCCUGCUGCUUCACUUGCUGGAAGGACGCUAAUAACGCACAGUUUGUGUAG